AUGAAGCACUCUGUCUCUAUUAUUUGCACAAAUGAAUCUUCUGUCACGCACGAUGGAAAUAUUCUAUUCAGCAAGGACUCUUUCUCCUUUUCUUCUGAGCACUUUUCCAUGGUAUUUUAUGUCUCUAAUAUAGAAUAUAUCUUGUACGAUGAUAAUAUAUCUAUAAAUAUGUAUAAAGAUCCAGUAGAAUACACAAUAUUACUGAAAACCACGGAAAAUAGCAUUAAAAAUGGGAUAAAUUCAGUAAUAAGGCAGUGGUUAUGUGAUAAGAGCGUAUGUGACUUGGAAUAUGUGUAUAACAAAGGGAUUCCAGAAGACCUUAUUACUGGCUGGCUGCUAGACAAAAGAUUCAUGACAAAACUCAAAGAGCAACAGGAGACCCUUCUAGCCCCAAAUAAAUCCUUGAAGGAAGCACUAAGAAUAGUUGCAAAAUUGGAUGACCCAGAAAUUAUCUUGGAAUUAGCCAGAAAUAUAUACACAAUAGGGAAGAUAUUCUGCAUGGAAGAUGAAAUGUAUGCUAGUAUGUGUGAUACGUCUUCUCUCUUAGUGAAUCGACUGAAAUGGCUGCAAAAAUACUUUUAUAACAUAUUAAUGGGAAGAGUAAAUAUUCCUGCACUAGAAAGCCUUUUAGAAGAAGAAAAAGGAAAGAUCCUUCUGGAACUGCCAGAAAUCCCAUCAAAAUCACAAAUUAUCACAUUAUUUGAAGAAAUCAAUGAUUUCCAAGUGAUAAAAUCAUUUAUCCAAAGAUUAAGCAAAAAUAAUCCCUUCAGAAAUAUAAAAGAGAUAGAUUCCACAGAUAUACCUAUUUUAUAUUACAUCUCCAUUUACGACCAAAAAAUAUUCUCAGAAAUAAUCAUGACAGAAGGACUUCUUCUUAAAGUACUCUCAUUUAUACAACAAGAUACAGCAGAAGACAUAAAUAUACAACUGUACAUGGGGAAACUACUUACACAAUGCAUAAUAUCCCCAGAAAUUAAAAUAUAUUUCACCCUGCCUGAUUUAAUCAGCAGAGUCUUUGAAGUACCAGGAGAGAAGAAAGUGCACCUGGAAAAUAACCAAGCCAGAGUCUGGUCAGACCACAUCCUGGGAAUAUUCCAGAUGGAAAUAUUAUUGGAAAUGGUCAAAUCAUGCAGUGCACCCAUUAAAGUGUACAUUAUCACAUCAGGCAUACUUCUCUCCCUGGUGGAUGGAAUUAAAUUUGGCACUCCCAGGUUUAAAUUCCUGGCAUGCGAAAUAUUCCAUGAAAUCCUGCAAGGAAAAGAGAAGACACUGAUUAACUAUAUGCAGAGAGUAAAUUUAAAUAGUAAAAUACAACAAGAACUCAAUGAAAUAUCAGGAAGACACACAGCAUACACACCAAUUAUCAGGAAAAUAACAGAAUUAUUAAGGAGUGUAUGA